UAUUUAAAGCUUCGUUAUUUUAAAGUUACUUGAAGGGUUUGAAAGAAAUAAUGAAAAUAAAUCAAUUGUUGACAUGCUCAUUUUAAAGAUGUUCAGUUCAAUUUUAACUCCAAUCCCACUUCUGACACAACAUGCAAUGACCAGUUAAAGGGAAAUAAAGUGUAUGCCCGAAUGAGGAUUUGAUUCCCAUACAUUUUCCCCGCAGUCAACAACACAAUAGUGCGUCUAUAAAAUCCUCAGAAUGGAUGAAGAUCAAUAUGUGAUGAAUGCAGAGAGUAAACACCUAAUAAAUGCAGUUGGAAGUGGUGACAGACAGAAAGCGAUAGAUAUUCUACAUGACAUUGAACACAACAGCGCAAAGCAAAAGAUAUUCCUGGAGUGUAAUCCCUAUAAUGAGCUUGUAGACUCUGUUCUCGAGGACCGAUGUUCAGGUGCUACUGGUGCCCAGCUGGUGUAUGCCCUGUCGCUUCAUGCAGCUGACAUCAACAUGGUUGAUAAGGAUGGUGACAUUGCCUUCAUGAGAUACCUUCAGGAGGCAGUGGAUGUUGACCUUGAUGUAGUGAAGGCAUUUCUUAGAUGUGGAGCUGAUAUCUGUCUUAGAAAUCAAGAAGGGCUUGAUGUGCUGCAAUAUGUGCUGCAGACGAGGGAGCUUGAAAGAGAUGUGAAGGCCUGUGUCCUCCAAUACAUGCCUGGCAUCUGGAGGGCAGUGAACUCUGAUGAUGUAGGCACAGUGAGAAGACUGGUUAACCAGUGGUGCCAUAUAAACAUUAUCAAGGAAGGCAUGUCUGUGGUACAGCUGGCCUAUGAGAAGGGAACAGAGAACAUCAUCAGAGUCAUCACAGGCAUUGGCCCUUCAAUGGACUUUGCCCAUGGUGUUCUGGCUGGAGACUACAGGCUGGUGGACCAUGUGCUGAAAUCCAAGUUAACCCUCAAUGUCAACUUGAAAAACAUGGCUGAUGGCGGUGUGACCCCAGUGUUUUAUGCGAUGUGUCAGGGGGACCAACCAAUGGUAGAUCAUCUCCUGAAGCACGGGGCCCGGCUUGAUACAGCUGUGCAGGGGGACAGUGAGCUGGACAUGCCUCUGUACUUUGCUGCCCUGUCCUACAAGCCUCCCAUAGAUGUGGACAUUCUACAACGCACCAUCCCCAGGCAACCCUACAACAUUGACCAGCUCUAUUAUAAGGGCAGAAAUGUUGUGUUUCACUGUAUGGACUGUGAGGUGGAUAUAAGACUGUUUGAUCACAUCCUACAUGCCUGCUCCAGUGUAGUUCUCACACAGAGGGUACAGGGCAACCUGGAUGCAAGAACGUACGCCCUCAGUCUAGGCCUUGCAGAAUAUGUUAGCCUUAUUGACAAGAUGGUUUUGGAGUGGGGUUGUGAUGAUGCUGCUCCUGACAACAGAAACAUUCUGUGUCUCCAUGGUUACCCAUUUAUGUUGCCAUUGACAACAGGGAAGGCUGGCAACACUGAUUCGUUUCUAACAUUCCUACAGAUGGUUAAAGAAUAUGAGAACUACAAGGCAGAGAUGUGUGAGGCUGUUGAGGUUGGCGACCCAGAAACUGUCAGAGAGAUGCUUUACACUUCAUCCUGGUCAGAGAGAGGCUUGAAUGUCUGCCAUGCUGACUUCAGGUGUGAGGGAGAUGGUCAGCCCCUGUUACACAAGGCGGUGUUGAGACAGCAUCAUGAGGUGGUUGAGGAGCUGGCCAAGUACUACGUCAACACCUGGAGACGCAAACUGGACACUGUCAGGGAUCAGCACUUCAGAACGGCACUUCACUAUGUGUAUGGAAUGGAGAGGGAACAGCAGCUUAUAGGGAUACUGGAAGACUAUGGAAUGUCUGAAUAUGUCAUGGACAAGGACGGUCGUUCACCGCUGGGGUUCAAGGACAGAAGAGGCCUUCCUGAGAUGAAGGAACUAUUACAAUACCAUCUUAUACAGGACUUCUCCAAUCCAGAGCCUGACCCCUGGUCUGUGACCUUGCCCCUCCCUAUCACUGGGUUUCUAAAGAAGUGUCUCCAUGACAACCACUUGCACAGGGGUCAUCACCAUAGCAACAGGGGUCACAGCCUUGACAACAAAGAUCAAAAUAUUUCAAAUAGUGGUUACAUUGACAACAAUGGAUAUCAAGUGAGUAGGGGUGUCAAAUUUGGUGAUGUGAGUAAUUUUCAAAGCAAUAAACAUGGAAAAAGUGAUGGCGUUUCAUCAUUGAAUUAUGAAAAUGGUAGAAAUAAGGCAGACUAUUUGAUUCAGAGAUAUUCACAGCACUUACAAUGUCAGCCAGAUGGUUCUGAGUUUACAAGUUUAGAUGCAUUGCCAUUGCACAACACUCCUUCCAUUAGCACGAGGGGCAUGUCGCGUACUGGCAAUAAAUAUGCAAGAGCAGAGGUCCAUGGAAGGAGAAAGGCUGAAAAGCUGAAAUUAGAAAAGAGACACAGUGGAGACUUUGGGGUCUCAAAAACUAGAAAUGUAAGUGAUAGUACUACAGAUUCUGAACCGUGUGUGUCGGACCAUAUCCAUGAUGCAAACGGGAUAUCUCGAUCCCUUUCUGCAGAGGACGCCUUCAACUAUCACAGAUACACUGAAGAACUUGGACAUGCUACUAAAGAGCUACCUAAGCAGGAUUCUACCAAGUCUGAGGUGGAUACUGGAGGUUAUGACUCAGACAUUUCCAGUGGGUUUAGUGAGGCUGGAGAUGAAUCUGAUGACAACCAGUCCGAGUAUGAAACUGACAGAGAACAUGAAGACACCAGUCAGAUACAAAACUGUGCAAUUCUUUGAUUUGUUUGUAAACUAUAUAAUUAUAUUUUUAUGUUAUUUGUUAUUGAUUUUUCGAAAUUGAGCAUUAUUGCAGAAAUCUGUGAUAUGCUUUUUAGAUCAAAGGAUUGUAACAGUCCAUAGAUGUACAUAUAAGCUUUUGUUGGUCAAGCAUGCUCAAUUGAGAGCACGAUAACAAAUUUGUUAUUCUGUAAACCAGUCAUACUGUGUUAUUCUAUAAUUAGUUUUUAAAUGUGCAAUUGAGAACAAUAUAACAAAUUUGUUAUUCUGUAAACCAGUCAUAAUGUGUAAGUCUGUAAUUAGUUUUUAAAUGUGCAAUUGAGAACAAUAUAACAAAUUUGUUAUUCUGUGAACCAGCCAUACUGUGUAAGUCUAUAAUUAGUUUUUAAAUGUGCAAUUGAGAACAAUAAAACAAAUUUGUUAUUCUGUGAACCAGCCAUACUGUGUAAGUCUAUAAUUAGUUUAUAAAUGUGCAAUUGAGAACAAUAUAACAAAUUUGUUAUUCUGUAAACCAGUCAUAAUGUGUAAGUCUAUAAUUAGUUUUUAAAUGUGCAAUUGAGAACAAUAUAACAAAUUUGUUAUUCUGUAAACCAGUCAUAAUGUGUAAGUCUAUAAUUAGUUUAUAAAUGUGCAAUUGAGAACAAUAUAACAAAUUUGUUAUUCUGUAAACCAGUCAUAAUGUGUAAGUCUAUAAUUAGUUUUUAAAUGUGCAAUUGAGAACAAUAUAACAAAUUUGUUAUUCUGUAAACCAGUCAUAAUGUGUAAGUCUAUAAUUAGUUUUUAAAUGUGCAAUUGAGAACAAUAUAACAAAUUUGUUAUUCUGUAAAAUAGUCACACUGUGUAAUUCCAUAAUUAGUUUUAAAAAUCAAACCAUAAAUAAGCCAAUCCAUCAGAAUACCAUACAGAUGUUUAAUUUGUCUGGCUCCCUGUCUUCUAUGUACGUUUGGUUUGUUUUUGUUAUAGAUUAGUAUUAGUAACGAUUUGUUAAAGAUUUGUUUAAUUAUAGCACUGAAUUUGUUCAUUUUCUUGAUAUGCUUGCUAGUAACAUGCAUUUUAGGUGCAUGUAACAUACUGGGGUUGUUGACAGAUACAAUCGUUGCUAUGCAGAACACUUUAACCUCUCCACUUGCAUUAUGUCUUAACGCAAGAAAACUAUUAUUUAUAUUUCCUCUUAAAAAAGUGAAGUGAGGGCUACCUAGGAAUCAAGCUCCAUGUCACAUCCAGCUGUCCAUCGGUCAUGCUUCCCAGUCCCAGCCUUUACUUUGUCAUUGAUGGUGAAAUUUCUAAAGUAGUUUGCAUAAGUGACCUUAAUAAAUUGAUGACGUAUCACACCCAAGACCCGGGUUCCUAGCUUCAAAGUCAAGGUCACUGCGUGACUCAGAUCGUUGCCAACUUUGCUAAAUAAGCCAUACUGAGAACUAACUUUGUGGGAUUUAAAAACUAUUUUGCAUAAGUGAUCGUUAUAAGGCUACCAUGUGUUGUGCACCACACCUGGCUCCCUAGCUAUAAUGUCAAGGCUAUUUUACGGCUCUGAAAUUGCCAGUUUUUCUAUAUAUAACCAUGACAGGUCCAUAACUGACAUGAUCAGACAACACCCAGGUUCUUAAGCCCCAAGGUCAAGGUCUCUUCAUGUCCUUUUCAACUUUUCAAUUAGAAACAACAAAAACAAAACGAUGUCCGGAUGAUAACUCGUGACAGGGUCUAUGGAUUUGAAUUGUUUGGUACCCAUGGUCAAUCUCAUAGCCUACAGAUAAACUUGGAAUUUCUUCACUAGCUGUUAAUUUUGGAGGGAGUCAUGGCCCCUUUUAAACUUAGAAUUUGCCAAAGUUUGGUGUCCGGACAAAAACGUAUGACAGAUACAUGUAGAAGUGAUUUCAAAAAUGAAAUACAAUCCAUUGACAGAGUUAGUACAAUGUAAUUGAAUAUUUCAAUAUAAAAGUCUUGCGCAUGCACCUGGAUGUAAGGGUUAUAGCCGCUGGACAUUAGUUUCAUUAAUUUCUGUUCAGACUAGUAAUAAUGGCCCCAUACGGCCAGACGAUAGGAAAGACGAAUGGACUGACUAAUGCCAAGUCUAUGUCCCUCUACCUAAACAUUUCGGAGGGCCCGAGGGCAACAGUCAUAUAUUCAAAUUAUACAGUAACUAAUUAGUCUGGUUAUACUAUUUACAGAGAAACAACUCGAUUUAAUAUUUUUGUCCAAAUUUAAUCAACGUGUUUCAAAGGUUCUUUGGGAUUUCUACAUUCCAGUUGGGAAUAAUAUAUAUAGCAAACAAAAAGCCCUUGGCCAGUAUUCAUUACAAAGUUUCCAAAGUCAAUUCCACGCUUAAAUAUUUAAUCAAAAUUGCAGGGGAAAGCCCAGUUGUAGAAAAUAAAAAAGAACCUUUUUAGGGGCACAAGGCCAGGUACAAAAUGACAAAUAAAUAGAAACACAAACAUACAUGUAUACACAAACACAAAACGCCACAAAAGUCAUUUUUAUAAUUUAAGUUUCUCAUUGGUCACUUCAAAAAUACUAUUAUGUCCAUUGACUUUAUUCAAUAGACACAUUUUAUGUUAAAACAGGUUUUUUUUUUUGGCGUGGGGGGGAAUUUUCAGAAAUGACUUAAAGAUGCAUACUUAUGCCCAAAUAAGAUUUACUAUAUUUAAUAUAUUUUGUUUUAAUAUACCAAAAAGAAAGAAUAAAUGUCGAAAACAGUGGUUCUUAGAAAGGAUACCAAGUUAAAUUUGAAAGAAAGGUGCAGAAUACUCGUUCUCAGCUAUUAAAAACACAGUUUACAAUCUUGUUAUCAGUAAUUAAUAUUUUUCAUAAAUGCAUUAUUUAGUAUGAAGUUAAAGGUUUAUCACUCAAAAUUUAUAUUUGUUAUACAUGUGCAUGUAUUGCAUUGAUUUGAAUAAGAGCCUCACUUUAAGUUGUAUGAUGAAUACGGACCAACCAUGAUUUCUAUAUUGUUUACCCUAUUGUAAUCAGUAUCAGUUAUUUAUUGUUUGUUUUUAACGUCUACCUCAAUUUCAAGCAUUAGGAAAUUCAUGUGCAUUAUAUUUUUCAUAUUGUUAUUCCAGCAUGUUCAUAAAUCUAGUAAACAUCUUAACAAUAUUAGUGCAAUUUUAGGGUAUAUAUUUUCUUUCAGAUUCAGUUCAUAUAACAAUAAUGUUUAUUUUACAAAUUAACACAUAUUAUGCAAUAUUACCUAUUAGUUAAAACUUACCAUGAUGUUAAUAAAGAUCUGGAUUGUU